CAGACGGCAGUAGGAGGCAAGCGGCGCACGCGCCGAACGCGCGUAGUUUCUCGGCGUUUAAAUGUAGUGGCUAAUUUACAAUCUCUGCUAUAAUUAACCGCUGCGACUAGUUAUCUGAAUGUUCCGUAGUGAUACGUAUGGAGUGAUGUGAAAAUCUCAGUGAGAGUUGUAGAAACCUCCAUAGUUCCGAUCAGGAAGUAAAGUAAACAUUUCUCGUUAAUAUGAAUCCUCCGUCAGCAUUGGCCGGGGCCAUGAGUAGAGAACGUAAACCCUUUACGUAUACUCCAGGAGGGAUAGACCUCUCUGAGAUUAAAUCGGAACGUAUGGCCCAACGUCUUAUGAGGAAUGCAAUGAACCAAGGUGUUCCUGCAACGCCAGCCCCUCCGGUCCAAUCCCCUCUACCUAUAUCUACACCAGUCGUCAUGCCUAAUUAUAAUUGUUUGCCAGUUCAAGUUUUCCCGACAUUCACUUUGCCAGCGAAUCCUAAGUCGCUUCUUAGAACAAGAAGUAAUCCUGACCCAAACGAAAGAUUACUUAACAAAAUUGAUGAGUCUUCAAAUUUUAAAUCAAAAAACGAGACUGUACAUAGUAACGUAUCGAGCAAGAAUAUAUUACCGAUAAAAUAUGAUGAUCCAAAUACCAAUAGCUUAUCUUUUAAUUCUUCGCUCGAUUAUGACAGCGGUGGAUAUUCAGUUCCUAUACUUCAGAGAAAAGACGAAAAUACUUUUAUGGAAAGUACUUUAAAACAAGACUUUAACCGAACCAAAUUCGAAGAGGAGCAAUCAAAUGCUUAUAACAAAAUAAGGCCUGUUUAUUUUAAUAUCCCUCAUGAAAAAACAAGUACUGAAAAUAGCAAUAGUCAUGAAAAGGCUACGCUAAAUAUUCCAAGUGAAGAGUGUGAGCAAAUCAGUAAUAAAAAGGAAAAAGACAAAAUUGAAUCAAACGGAGAAAAUGCACAGAACGGAGAUACAAAUGCGGCUAUUACUUUAAAAUUACCAACGAAAAAGUCUGAAGCGAGAACAGAAAAAAAAGUUGAAAUAGUAAAAAAUACUUUACCAGAUGGAUCAGUCCAGGAAGUUAAAACUACUACAACUACAACGACUAUCGAUGGAAGAACAGAAAUAACAACUGAAACUGAAACUACAACAUUUCCAAAAGACUGCGGCGAUGACGUUGAAUAUGAAGUUGAAGUUGAAGACGACGAAGAAGUGGAAAAUGAAGAAGAAGAAGAAGAAGAGGAAGUAGAAGAAUUAAGUGAAAAAGAAGAGUUUCGUAAAACUGAAUCGACAAGUGAAAUAGUUUCUAAAACUAUUGAGAGCAAUGACACAUCAAAACUAAAUGGCAAGAAAGAUAGUGAAGAAGUUAAAGAAAAUCAAGCUCUUAACAAAGAUGAUAAAUUAAUUACAGACCAUGAAAGCCAUGAAUCAAGCACUACUAAAAAGAUUGUAAUAAUACAAUCUUCUGAAACACAAGAUUCUGAUGAAGAAGAUGAAGAAAAUCAUGAUGACGUGAAUAAAUCAGAUGAUGUUGAUAAAGAAGAAGUUGUUGUAUUAAAAGCAACCACAAAUGGUGAAAAAACUGUUGUUGAAACUACCACACAGAGCAGUGAGGUUGAACGUAAAAAUGAUUUCAAAAUUAAUGAUAAAACUGUAGAUUCUGUACAAAAUGACCAAGAAGAAGUAGAAGAGAAUGAAGAAGAAUAUGAAGAAAUAGAGGAAGAAGAAGAAGAAGAAGCUGUAAACAAUUCUCAAGGGGUUAUAAAUAAAGCAGAAACGUGCCAACCAGAACUUGAUCAAAAUGACGAAGAAGUAGAAGAAGAAUAUGAAGAAGCAGAGGAAUCCGAAGAUAAAGAACAAAUCACACGUAUCAUAAGCGAUGAAAUAAAAUCAACUGAAUCUAAACAAGAUGAAGAGCCACUUAAUGUCAAUCAAGAAAUUAAUAAAGACACUAUUGAAAGUGAUGUAAAAACAAUACCAGUGCAAGUGAUAACCGAAAAGAAAGACGAAUCUGAAAAGGAACAAAAAGAAUAUGAAAAACCUGAAAGUCAGUCCAUACCAGCUUCAAUAAAUGUUCCUUUAAUAGAGCCCGUUGUGCCAUUGGACAAAGUUGAAGAAGUUGAAAUAAAACCCAUUGCUCCUGCUAAUGAAAUUAUCACAAAGACCCAUACUGAAAUAACAACCACAACAAGCGGUAAGCCAGUUGGUAGUCACAGCACGCAGACUGAAUAUAAUGUGGUACAAAAUAUAGUCACAGUUAACCGAACAAUAAAAACAUUAGACCAAGCAUAUGAAGAAAUUCCUGAUAAUAUUCCAACAAUUAAAACCUUUGUUCCUCCUACCUUAGAAGGCAACUUCCUAACGUCGCAGCCGGCUUUUAAGCCUUCCCAAGCUGGUUUUACACCUGAACCACAAAUUGAAAGACGACAUAGCUUGUUACUGGAAAGGUUAAGUGUGGAAAGACAAAUGCCUCCAGAAAUUUAUCAAAAUCAUUCCCAGAACAGUAAUCAAACUUGGGAAGAAACCCAAUACUCGCAAGAACCUCAGAGUGAGAUACUAACUGUUAGUAAUGUCAAACCGAGUAUGAUAAGUAAAAAUCAACAAUGGUAUCAAAGGAAUGAGACGGAAAAUCGCUCUAGCACAUUACAAUCUACUGAUUCUUUAAAUAAUAACCAAACGCAACCUCAAUAUAAACCUCAAGUACAUUCAUUUUACCAACCAAAGUCUCAGCCUCAACCUCCAACUCAGACUAUUUAUCAGCCACAAGUUCGAGUACAGCCUUCGCCUCAACCAAUGUACAAACCUUCAAAUCCAGUACAAAAUAUAUCACAACCAUCAUAUUAUUCACAGCAACAACCAAAACCAACUUAUCAAUCUCAACCACCUUCUCAACGACUAAACCAAUCACAGCCCCCCGAACCGUCAACUGUGCAGCCUAUUUAUCAUCCUCAACCACAAUAUCAGCAAAGCUAUAUCGACAAUACAUGUGAAGAAACAUAUAAAAGUAGUACAAAUAAAUAUGAACACAGCGCCUACCCAUCCUACACUUCAAAACCGGUAUGGGCUGGAAAGAGCUUGGAUUCUCAGCCACUACCAAGUACGCUUUCAAAUCAAAGCUACCUUCAGAAAGAUCCCAUAGAAUCUUUUGACCAGUCAUAUAAACAACAAUUGUCAUCGUCAUAUGUUCCUCCACCUUGGGAACAGGACCCUAACUACGUAGUUAACAAUACAACUUCAAGCUUUUACCAACCACCGCCGUCUAAAACAGCAUUAACAACUAACACAGAUUGGAUACCGGCAAAACCAUCACCUAAAUUCUCUAAGACAACUCCAACAUCAUAUAUACCACCCGCACCGAACCAAUCAUUUGUUAAGCCUGUUAGUGCUUCUGAACCUCCAAGGCAGCAAGGUCGCAAAACCUACUACAGCGAAUAUGAGCGACGGUAUAUUUCUGUACCAGAAGCAACAUACAUACCGAAUGAAACAAAAUUGCAACCUCAACCGGACCCUUCACCUCAGUACUAUUAUGACAAUAAUGAACCAGAAGAAGUCGUAGAACCUCAAUGGCGUAAAGAGUUGAGAGAAUUCAAAGAACAAUCAUCUAAAACAACGGUACAAACAGAGCAAACGACUGUUCGCCCGCCUUGGGAAGACGAUCCUAAAUACGCAACACCUACUCAACACUUCACACCCACUCCAACGUGGACUCAAACUUUAAAACCAAGAUCGUAUCGUGAAAGAAGUUUCGAACCUGAAUACAUUGGUUCUCAGGAAUGGCCAAAAACAAACACUUUAGGCCGUGGGCGGCCCCAGAGUUCGUACGUAAAGAAUACCGUUGACAGAGUGCCUGACAGGACGAGAGGUGUGUCUGUUGAUAGAUACAACCCCAAUAAUUACCAGUCACCUAUGACGAGGGAGCACCCGCCACCGGCCAGUCAUAUUUUGGAUCCGAUUGUCCAAGGAAAGACUUACCACAACCCGAGCGUGCCCGCAUAUCAUUCAAGAGCUUCAGUAGAACCAAGAGAGCAGCCAGUCACGUAUCAACAACCUCGUCACAGAGAAUCACGCGCAGCUCCUGUCCAAUCCAGGUCAUUCAAAUACUUACAAUGGAUCACAGGCACUGACGACUGAAUAACCAAAAUUGGUUUUUCUGAAGUUGCAAUUUUAUUGACGAUUUAUUAGAUAAUAUUUAUGUCAUUUUGUUUUAAGAUCUUGAUCGAGAAGACCAGAUUUUGUUUAUAAGCACAUUGUAACUUCAGAGAAAACGUUGAAAGGUAUAUUUCCCGGCACGUAAGUUGGCUAGAGUAUAAAGAUGCGCAGGAGUGCUUCCUUCUUCACCUCGCCAAUUUAUAUGCCGCAAUUAAAAUAGUUUCUAAGUACGAUUAUUCGAUACGAAUUAGGUAAUGUUUAUUUAAUUUUGUAUAAACUUGUUUUUGAUGAUUUAUUAAUAUUUCAAUAUAAAGCAUGUUAAACGUAAUAAAAACAAAGUAUUAACAUUACAAAUUAAUAUCAAAUAUAAGACAUGUUUCAUAAUUUUAACCUUCACUAACUUAAACUCGCAUUUGUUUCUGUAAUUAAGAGCUUACCCAAACACUGAAGUUUAGUCACUUUAAUAAUAGUCUAGUCUUUGUGCAUCAACAUAAAAAUCGUCAUGAUCAUAGAACAAUGUCGGAUUUGAAAAAAAUCCAAAAUCCACUUCUUAUCAUAUUUGGAUACUA